CAGUCAAUCUCUGUCCUCAAAGUAUCCCACUCAAACAAUUCUCGGAAGGCCUCAGCCACGCGCAAUCAGAUAUCACAUUGCUCAAAAUGUCUGGUGGCCUCAAUUCUUUGGCCACGAUCAUAAAGCGGCUCGAGGCUGCGACGUCGCGUUUGGAGGAUCUCGCUGCUGCGCAGGGCGUGCCGGGCUCCAGGCAGGACGAUAUACGAGAUGAACCGGGACCAUAUAGCAGGAGCAGCACCCCUGCACCGUCUAACGUCCCUGUUCCUACGCCGCCUCCUCAUAGUUCCGCCAUGGCUGAAGAACCGCAAAGUAUCACGGCGUAUGAUCAAGUGAUCAUCAAUGGGAAGCUCAAAGCAUUCCUCGAAUUGACUCGGUCGUUUGCUGGGGAGUCAGUGGUCGAGCAGGUUGCUCUCGUAGAGAAGAUGUUCAAGGAUCUACGGGAGGUCAUCUUGGCCGCUAGCGCUUGCAAGAAACCCGAUCAGCAGGCCUUCGGCGAGCUGCUGGGCCCUUUGCAGGGGGAUAUUGAAGCCAUCACCAGGCUGAAGGAGGCUAAUCGCAAGGACAGGGAAUGGUUUAACCAUCUAUCCACUGUCGCAGAGGGUGCGCCCUGUGUGGGAUGGGUGACGGUCGAACCCAAACCCGGUCCAUAUGUUAAGGACAUCCUGGAUUCGACGAUGUUCUACGGAAACAGAGUCAUCAAGGAGUUCAAGGAAAAGGAUCCUAAGCACGCGGAAUGGGUGCGAGCAUACUCAGGUCUCAUCGAGGAACUCCGGCAGUAUAUCGUGGACUACCACACGACGGGGUUGACAUGGAAUCACCAGGGCAUAACGGUACAACAGUAUAAAGCGUCCGCGCCCGCAUCUGCACCCUCAGGCGCCCCUGCCCCACCACCUCCGCCUCCACCUCCAGCUGCCCCCGCUCCGCCACCGCCGCCACCAGCCACAAAUGGCGCAUCAUCUGGCGGUGGUCUCGGAGCGGUAUUCGCAGACCUGAACCGGGGUGAGGAGGUCACCAAGGGUUUGCGCAAGGUAGACAAGAGCGAGAUGACACACAAGAACCCCGCGUUAAGGGCUGGCGGCGUCGUUCCUGCCAGCACGACCCCGGCCGCUACGCCCAAGAAGCCACUGAAGCCCACGAAGCCAUCAGCCCUGCAAGGGAAGAAGCCAGCCAAGUUCGCGCUGGAGGGUAACAAGUGGAUGAUUGAGUACCAAGAGAACGAGAGUGCUUUGACCGUAGACAACACGGAAAUCAGCCACACUGUCAACUUGUUUGGAUGCAAGAACACGACAGUACAAAUUAAAGGCAAAGUCAACGCCGUCACCAUGGUCAACUGCACGAAGACGUCCGUUCUGGUGGAGAACGUCAUCUCCUCAGUGUCUGUGACGAAGUCACCGUCCUUCGCCAUCCAGAUCACGGGCAAAGCGCCGACUAUUCAGUUGGACUCUACGGAUUCCGGUCAGAUAUACAUAUCCAAGGACUGUCUGGACGUGGAGAUCACCACGGCGAAGUGCAGCGCCAUCAACGUCAACGUCCCGGUAGAGGGCGAGGAGGAAGGUGUGUUCGGCGAGCAGCCGAUCCCGGAAAUGCUGAAGACGACUGUCAAGGAUGGGAAGCUGGUCACGACUGUCGUAGAGCACGUUGGCUGAUGAGCGGUGUGCUGGUUAUACCCCGUGUCAAGUACUCUACUGAUGCUUUUAUUACAAUGGACCGUGGUUGGGUGGACUGAAUCGUCACUGUCGGGGGUUCCCAUACCUCCCAUUAGGCGUG